AUGGGAACAUUUUUUCAACUCGUGCUAUUAGGCCUGACAUUUGCCUCAGUUCUUCCCCCAGAUUUUGCAUGGGGUACUGCAAUUGCAGCAUUUCAAGUAGAAGGCGCUUGGAACAUAUCAGGACGUGGGGUAAGUAUUUGGGAUUAUUUCCAAGAUUUUCCAGGCCGAAUUUACGACAAUGAGACAGCUCACAUUGCUGAUGAUUUUUACGACAGAUACCCCGAAGAUAUAAAAAUCCUUCAGCAAUUAGGCAUACACAACCUAAGGCUCUCCAUUUCUUGGACUCGUGUGCUUCCAGCUGGGACUCCCGAAAACCCAAAUUCUGCUGGGAUCCAGUUUUAUAACGAUCUCUUUGAUGCAUUACUCGCUGCCAAAAUUGAGCCUUAUGUAACUCUUUAUCAUUGGGAUCUCCCACAAGUAUUCAAUAAUUUGACAGCUCAAAGCACAUGGCUUGAUCCUGAUAUGCCGAAUAAAUUUAAUGCUUAUGCUGAUUUUUGUUUCAGUACUUUUGGAGCUAAAGUAAAGCAUUGGGUGACGAUGAACGAAAUUAUGAGUUUCGCAUGGCAAGGGUAUGGCUGGGGAAUUGCUGCGCCAGGAAGAUGCAGUCCAAGUGUAGGCUCAUGGUGUGAGCAAGUAGGAGGGGGAGGAAACACUUCGACUGAGCCUUAUAUUGUAGCUCAUCAUGCCUUAUUAGCUCAUGGUCUUGCUGUACAGACUUAUCGCCAAAAAUAUCAAGCCUUGCAAAAAGGGAAAAUCGGCUUAACCAUUAAUACUCGCUUUCAUUUGCCAUGGGACUCUUCAAAUCCUGAUGAUUAUAAAGCAGCACAAACUGCAAUCGCUUUUUCAUAUGGCUGGAUAGGAGAUCCAGUUGUAUUUGGAAGGUAUCCUGAAGAAAUGACUGAGCUGAUUACAGGAAACCGACUCCCAGAAUUCACUCCUGAACAAAGUGCUUUAUUGAAAGGCUCUUUUGACUAUUUAGGGCUGAAUUACUAUACUACAGAUUAUGCUCAAUGAACAGGAGAGAUUGGAGACAAUUAUUGAAAUGAUGGGAGAUAUAAUGUCAGCCCUUAUAAUAAAACUGGGCAUUUAAUUGGACCGACAGCACAAUCUUCAUGGCUUAAUGUUUACCCUCAAGGAAUUAGAGGAAUUUUGAAUUGAAUCAAAAAUAGAUAUGGGGAUCAUGAAAUUUAUGUGAUGGAGAAUGGAGUUAGCGAUCCUGGAGAAAGUCAAAUGUCUGAAGAAGAAGCUUUGAAUGACACGUUUCGGAUAGAUUAUAUAUAUAACCAUAUCAUGAAUAUGGUUGAUGCUAUUGUAAAUGAUGGAGUUAGGGUAAAGGGAUAUUUCUUGUGGUCACUUAUAGAUAACUUUGAAUGGGCGGAUGGGUUCAAUACGAGAUUUGGAAUCACAUAUGUGAAUUAUAGCCAAAACUUGACUAGAGCAAUUAAAAAUUCAGGGUAUUUGUAUCAGAGUUUAAUUGGUUACUUAGGAACUCAUAGUUUUGAGGAAGCUCAAAAUGCCUCGAUAAAUGCAAUUACUGAAAAACCAAUAAUAUCUCCUAAAUUUUUAUCUCCAUAA